GACCGCUGGGCUCGCUGGUCUCCAGUUGUCUCCAGCAAUGCAGGGGCUGUGCAGCUCUUGGGCUACAGCUCCUGGGGUUGGCUUGGCCGGCCACUACUAGCACGCGCUCGCUUGUUGCCUGUGUCGCCUGCUGGGGUCUAGCUGCUGCCGCGCCCUCCGCUGCGAGACGCACGUCGCGGUCCUCGAGAGCGAGCCCGGCACUUGCAACUUCUGCCUGGCGAGCCCAACUUCUGCGCGGGAUUCGGACUUGCAGAUCCCGAGCGGUGCACCGCGCGCGCAGUUGGGGCGGUGUCCCUACCAUCUCAGCCUCAACGAGAUGACCUCCCCACUGUGGUUCUGGUGCUUCUGCGUCUGGGCCGCCUAUCACUGGCCGCCAGGAAGCGCCCUGCAGCUCCAGCCCGGCAUGCCAAAUGUCUGCAAGGAGGAACAGCUGGUGGUGGUAAGACUGUCACGCCCAUGCACCCAAGCUUUCAUAGACACCGUCAAGUUCUGGAAACAAGGCUGCACAGGCCCACGGUGGUGUGUGGCUUAUGAAAGAAGGACCCGCUACUACACCGUCUACAGGCAGGUGUAUACCACAGAACACCAGACAGUCUUCAGAUGCUGCCCCGGUUGGAGCCGAUGGGAUGAUGAGCCAGGCUGCCUCUCCUCUGUGGCUUCUCUGGGAACCCAUUUUAGUGGAAGGCAGUGCUCGGAUGGGGAUGAUCAACGGUGCCUCUGCUCACGAGGGUUUCAGGGACCCCACUGUCAAUAUGAUAUAAACGAAUGUGCUGUUGACAAUGGUGGCUGUCAAGACCAAUGCUGCAAUACGAUUGGCAGUUAUUACUGUAGAUGUCAAGCUGGCCAAAAGCUGGAGGAAGAUGGCAGAGGAUGUGAAGACAUCGAUGAGUGUGCGGUGGUGAACGGAGGCUGCCAGCAGCGCUGUAUUAACACUCUGGGCACCUUCCACUGCGUGUGUGAUACAGGGUACAGACGCCAUGCUGACGAACGCACCUGCAUAAAGACAGACCCCUGUGCAGGAAGGAAUGAAUGUGCUCACCUAUGCCAAAGCGAGAACGGUGUGGCCAGGUGUGCCUGCCAUGCUGGGUACCAGCUGUCUGCAGACAAAAAGGCUUGUGAAGACAUAGACGAAUGUUCUGAAGAGCUUGCUCCCUGUGCUCAUCGCUGUGUGAACUCAGAGGGGUCCUUCACGUGUGCCUGCCACCCUGGCUUUGAGCUAGGAGCUGACGGGAAACAUUGUUACCGAAUUGAACUAGAGAUUGUAAACAGCUGUGAGAAGAACAAUGGGGGCUGCUCUCACCACUGCGAACCUGCGAUUGGUGGACCCCGUUGCUCCUGUAACCAUGGACAUCGACUCGACGCAGAUGAGAAGACAUGCAUAGACUUUGAUGAAUGUGAGAGUGGAGACGCCUGCUGUGCCCAGCUCUGCAUCAACUAUUCAGGAGGCUAUGAAUGCGGCUGUCAGGAAGGCUUUCGGAUUAGUUCGGACGGCUGUGGAUGUGAUGCUCUAGAUGAUGAGCAGUUAGAGGAGGAAGAAGAGGUACUAGACAUCCUGAGGUUUCCAGGACUUCUGGUUGAAAACUCACCUUGGCCAUUCCCUUACCUCGCUCCUUCUCUGGCUGCUUCGUACGAAGAUGAAGAUGAUGAAGAAGACCAGGAAGCAGAAGAAGAGUUCCAGGGUCUGACAGCCUUGCACAGAGUGGUUUGUUUAGAUGGCACCUUUGGCCUGGACUGCAGCUUGAGCUGUGACAACUGCCUGAAUGGAGGUAAAUGCCAACAAGGAAAGAGUGGGUGCUUCUGCCCCGAAGGCUGGACUGGCAUUCUUUGCAAUGAAAGCAACACCCUAACAACUAGUGUGAACCAGUCAGUUCCUUUAGGAUGCCCAAAGGGGUUCUUUGGGAAGAACUGCAAAAGAAAAUGUCACUGUGCCAACAACGGCCAUUGCCACAGGGUGUAUGGUGCCUGCGUAUGUGACCUAGGGCGCUAUGGAAGAUUCUGUCAUCUCAGUUGUCCCAGGGGAACGUAUGGAACUGCCUGUUCUUUGGAAUGUCAGUGUGUGGAGGAGAACACCCUGGAAUGCAGUGCCAAAAAUGGUAGUUGCACCUGUAAAUCUGGUUACCAAGGAAACAGAUGCCAGGAAGCCUGCCCUGAUGGCCUCUGGGGACCAGAAUGCCAGUUUUCCUGUGGACUCUGUGAAAAUGGAGGUCAUUGCAAUGGAGAGUCUGGAAGCUGCGAUUGUGCUCCUGGUUACACAGGAGAAUCUUGUGCCAUGUUCUGCCCACCAGGCACAUACGGGGAAGACUGUAACCAGGUAUGCCAGUGUUCAGCAAGGAACGAAGACUGUCAUCCAGUCACUGGGAGAUGUGCUUGUCUGCCUGGCUACCAUGGAAACCACUGUCAGUUCCGGUGCCCAGAAGACACUUAUGGUCCAAACUGCCAAGAGACGUGUAAGUGCCAGAAUGGGGGUCAAUGUGAAAGCACACUCGGCACCUGUACCUGUCCUCCUGGCUUCGUUGGAGCAGACUGCAGUCAAACUUGUCCUGAAGGUCAUUAUGGACAGGAUUGUGUCCAACGGUGUUUCUGUGGCUCAGGAAAGUGUGACCCAGUGACAGGAAGGUGUCAUUGUCCACCUGGCCUGAUGGGAUCCAAGUGUCGGCAAGGUUGUCCCGAGACUAACUAUGGCACCAACUGUGAGCUCAAAUGUAUGUGUAGAAAUGGUGGACUCUGCAAUCCUGAGGAUGGAAGCUGCACCUGCGGCCUGGGGUGGACCGGGGAGCACUGUGAGAAAGGUUUUCUGCCUCAAAUUAGGCUGGUUUGGCAUGUUCUCCUGGUAACUACGGGCCAGACUGCAAAUUCAAUUGCUCAUGUCAGAAUGGUGGUGUCUGCAGCCGGCUGUCUGGGGCCUGUGAGUGCCCCGAAGGGUUCUAUGGACAAGGCUGUGAACACGAAUGUCCUCCUGGAUUUCAUGGUUUUAACUGUGCUCACACCUGUGACUGCCAGAAUGGAGCCAGGUGUAAUGUAACAAGUGGACAGUGUGUUUGCCCAGCAGGUUUCCAUGGCAACCAUUGUGAGCAAGAAUGUCCACCUGGAACAUUUGGGGACAAUUGUCAACAAUCUUGUGACUGUGAAGGAGAAAGUUCUUGCCACCCAACCACAGGAAAAUGCCUCUGCCCACCAGGGAAGGCAGGAACCAGAUGUGACACAGAAUGCCAGGCAGGCUACUAUGGACCCGACUGCAGGCUGCGGUGUGAAUGCUCGCAGGGAGCUCGCUGCAACCCAGUCAACGGCAGCUGUGCCUGUCCCAGGGGAAGAAUGGGCCCCACCUGUGAGGAGACUGACUUGCCUCCUCCGCAGCCGAAGACCCACAGUUCUUCCGAAGGUGAAUAGAAUCUCUUUUGCAGUUCCUCACGGUUUUUCGUCGUAACCCUGACGGGAAAAUACACAGUCCCUGGUCUCCUUCCGACAUGGAGCAUCAGGAAGGGAAAAGGUGACACCUUCAGUUUUCCACCCCUGUGCCCAAUUCUCCAGCCCAACCUGUGGACUUCCUUUCCCCGAAGGACACACUCCAAAAAGAGAAAAGGAAAGGAAAAGAAAAAGAGUAUUUGUUCAGGAUCCGAACCACAGUAACAUUUGAACUAAUAAAGGGCGCUUUUUAGAAAAUUUGUGCACGGCGGUAUUUGAAUUUGGAAGGGAUAACUGCUUUCUUCGCACUGCAGGUUGGGCUGCACUGAAAUAUUCACACCCAUUCACUGGAAACCCCAGUGCCCUUAAGUAGCUGGAUCCUCUUUAGAAAUGGCUAGAAUUUCAUCCAUUUGUUUGCAGAACCUACUUCCCGGUAACUCUGCUGCAGACAGUGCAAACACACUGCAUUUUGUUCAUGACUUUUAAUGUGGGAGAUUAUUAAGAUUUUAGCCCGUAGAGGAUGGGAUCAGAAUAAAAACAUGACACACAUGUGAACAGUGAGUCAUGAAAAUGUUAGUGGUGUUUUCCAUCUCCAGCCAGCACACAGGGAAAACAAGGGCAGAGCCGAUAGGGCCAAGACCUGGCUCCCUCUGGGGAUGCUCUGUUUCCCGUAAUUCAGGAAUAAAUUGAAUAGCCUUAAAACCCAAAUUACUCAUCAUUUCCAGCAGCUCCUAGUGUUUUAUAAGUGGAAGAUGGGGCCAGUGUGCUAUGGCUUCCAAGGAGUUUGGAUAUCCAUUUUUUCAGAAUCCUGGCUAAUCGUAUUAGUAAAUAAUAACUUUGUCGACUGAAAAUGCUGCUCAAGAAUUUUCAGAAUAAAAACAGAGACUUUGACUAUUGAAAUUAUAUGACUUGAGUUUACUUUUGUGAAAUGACUAGAGUACCUUUUAACAUUCAAAACUGAUUUUGGAUAAA